GGUCGGUUUAACUGUGGGCCUACUGAAACAGUAUUUGAAGCUCAGUGCUCAAAAGCAUGCAGGUGAGAAGAGAUACUGAGGAAAAAAUUGAUACGGCAGAGACUUCUGCAGGAAUUCAAGAUGCUUCUUUUAAAGAUGAAUCCACUGGUUCAGAAACUUGUAUUACAUCUUCUGUAUGUGAUUACACAUUCACUGAAGACUUGGACUUAAGGUCCCUGAUUGAGGAAGAAGCUUUUAAAGUUUUGUCUCAGGGACUCUUUGUAAAAAGACCAAAGUAUGCAUUCAAUAUCUCUGAACCAGAUGAAGAUAGUGACUUUCUUUCUCUAAAUUUUCCCCGGAAACUGUGGAAAUUAGUUGAAAGUGAAAAAUUUAAGUCUAUUGGGUGGGAUGAGGCUGGUACAUCAAUAGUCAUUAACGAAGAACUUUUUAUAAAGGAAGUUUUGGAAAGGAAGAGCCCUUGCAGAAUAUUUGAAACUACUAGUAUGCAAAGUUUAGUUAGACAGCUUAACCUUUAUGGCUUCAGUAAACUGAAACAGACAUUUCAAAGAUCUGCUUCUCUUGCUGACUUCCUGGCAGAAGAAAAUGAAGCCUCUGUUUUAAACAAGUUACAGUUCUAUCGACAUCCAAAUUUUAAACGAGGAUAUCCACAACUCUUAGUAAGAAUGAAAAGAAGAGUCAGGAUUAAAAAGGCUUGUCCAGUAUCUCGUGCACUAGUUCCCAGUUUCAGUAAGAGGAAUCAUCGAGCAGAGGAUAACCUGGGUGAUCUAAAUUCGGGAUUACUUGCUGAAAGUAGUGAAAAGAGCUUAUUUUCGUCCUCUCCAAACUUAACAAACCGGUCGACCUGCCGGAGAAUUGCCAAUACAACUGACCAACGAAGAAGUGAUUUAUCUUCACUAUCAUUGACGUCAUGUAGAUCAUCAGAACUAACUGUAAUAAAUCAGCAUGCUGUUUUGCAUCCACUCCGUACCAUGCAUAUGCUCUCAAAUGACAGCUACACUCAAGCAACUGAUUCAACUGUCAACUUCGUUACAACAGCUACUUCUCAAUAUCAUAUCAUGUCUCCUCUCCAGAACAAUUAUGUUGGUGUGGUGAGGCAACCCUCUAUGUUCCUGAAUGUAUAUCCUGCUUUCUCAUCCAGUGAGGCUCCUGUCUAUAAUGUGACGCCAACAGGUAACCCACGGUUUUCAAUGCCUGUGGCAACUGAUGCAUCUGGCACCUUGCUUGCAAGGUCAGUCCAUCAGCCCUCUGCAGUGUACCAACAUCAUCCUAAUUACAACUGAUCUAACAAAGAAGAACCAGAUUUUGCAGGAAAACAGGAACAAAAUAUAUGGGGGGAAAUACCUAAAGUCUGUUCUCUUACUCGAGCAAUAAAACUCCAUACUAA